UUGAAGAUAAGUUUUUUAAGUUCAAGGCCAUUAAAAACUAAUGGCGUGUGUCUUUCUUGAUAAUAAUUAUAUUAGAUUAUUUCUAUGUUUACAAUUUGUGGCUUUCCAAAAUAUUUUGCAUCACGUGAUCUUAUUGAAUUUUAAUUGGUUGUCGGUGAGCGUGCCCUGCGCGACGCGAGAGGCGCAACGCAAUAAUAGUUUUCCAAAAUGCCGUCGGAAUCGAAGCCUUUGUUGACAGCUCAAACAGAAAAACCAAAUCAUUAUAAGUAUCUAAAGGAAUUCCGAGUGGAGCAGUGUCCGUCUUUCUUACAACACAAAUGUACACAACACAGGCCUUUCACAUGUUUUCAUUGGCAUUUCAAUAACCAGAGAAGAAGAAGACCCGUUAGAAAAAGAGAUGGAUCCUUCAAUUAUAGCGCAGAUAAUUACUGUACCAAAUAUAAUGAGACAUCGGGUAUUUGCGAGGAUGGGGACGAAUGUCCCUACCUGCACCGCACGGCUGGCGACACCGAGCGCCGCUACCACCUCCGGUACUACAAGACGUGUAUGUGCGUGCACGACACGGAUGCGCGCGGCCUCUGCACGAAGAACGGUGCGCACUGCGCGUUCGCGCACGGUGCGCCCGACCUGCGGCCGCCCGUGCUCGACGUCCGGGAGCUCCAAGCUAUGGAGAACCCGGACCAGGCGGACGGGGACGCCGCCGCGCCUAAUGCUUUAGAUAGGGAACGGAAUUUGAUGAAUGAAGAUCCUAAAUGGCAAGAUACGAAUUAUGUAUUAUCGUCGUAUAAAACGGAGCCAUGUAAAAGACCUCCUAGGUUAUGUAGACAAGGGUAUGCCUGCCCACAAUAUCACAAUAGUAAGGAUAAACGCAGAUCACCGCGCAAGUACAAAUACCGGAGCACCCCGUGCCCCAACGUGAAGCACGGCGAGGAGUGGGGCGAGCCCAGCAACUGCGAGGCCGGCGAGGCGUGCGGCUACUGCCACACGCGCACCGAGCAGCAGUUCCACCCCGAGAUAUACAAGAGCACCAAGUGCAACGACGUGCAGCAGGCUGGCUACUGCCCGAGGGGGCUCUUUUGUGCCUUCGCGCAUGUUGAACCGGAAGAUCUGACGGCGGCGCGCGAUAUGGCCGCGCCGCUCGAGUGCGGCACCAACCUGGCCGAGCUGCUGUCGUCCGCGCUGCCCGACGCCAAGCCCGAGCUGCUGCUGCCCGCCUCGCCGCCCGCGCCCGCGCCCGCCACCAACGGCAGCGGCGACUCCGAGUGCGCCUCCACCUCCAGCGGCGGCUCCAGCGGCGGCCGCGCCGUCGGCGCGCGCCUGCCCGACUCCAAGCCGCCGCCGCACAACGUCUGGGCCCAGCGCAGCGCCUUCGACGCCACCGUGCUGCAGGAGGUCGUCGGCAACGCGCUCGACGACUUGCACCUCGACGACCCGCUCUCGCUGGUCGCCACGCUGGACAGGGAUCUCGCGGACGGGGAGUCGAUGCUCGCGCCGUCGGCGCCGGUCAACAUUCCCCGCGGCCCGCACCCCUCGCUGCGCGCCUUCAGCCCGCCCUCGGCCGGCUCGCCGCUGCCGCCGUUCCUGCGCUACGCGCACGACACGGAGCGGCUGUUCAACUCGCACGCGACGCUCAAGACCGGCAGCUACGGCGGCACCGGGUUCGAGUUCGCGGCCACGUCGCCGUCGGCGCCCGGCGAGAUCUCGCGCCUGCGCGAGGAGGUGGUGGCGUCGCGCGCGGCGGCGCUGCGCUGGGACGAGCGGAUAGCGCAGGCGCGGUCGGCGUGCGGCGCGUGGCAGCGCGAGGCGGACGAGGCGGUGCGCGCGGCGCAGGUGGCGGAGCGGCAGCGGGACGAGGCGGUGGCGCGCGCGCACAGCCUGCGCCGCGAGCUGGACGCGGCGCGCGCGGCCGGCGCGGCGGGCGGCGCUGGGCGCGCGCGCGAGCUGCGCACGCUGCCGCUGGGCACGCUCAAGCAGCUGCAGGCGGCCGCGCGCGCCGAGCUCGAGGAGAUCGAGAAGGUGCUGUACCUGGAGACGGCCACCAAGUGCAUGGCGUGCGAGGAGCGCCCGCGCGCGGUCACGCUGGCGCCCUGCAACCACUACGUGCUGUGCGACGCGUGCGCGCGCGCCGCCGACGAGUGCCCCUACUGCCAGACGCCCGUGCAGCGCCACCAGUAAUCCGCCACUUGAAUCGUAUUGAUCUAUCGAGACGCAUGUGAGUGAUUCCCGUUUA